AUGCUUGAAUGGAAGAAGUGUCUUAACGAGGGAAAUCCAGUACGCGUUAUUCUAAAAAAAGAAGAAAGUGACUUUAUAGUUCGGGAGAGGGCGGAAGCAGGGCUGCUGAGCGCGUACGACACUCUCCAAAUGCCAAACCUGAUUUUGGAUGGGCUUCCAGGAAUCCGUGCGAAGUUGCUGCAGCACGUUGACGCCCUGGAGGAGGCAAGCGCCUAUGCUCUUUACAGAGUCACUGGAAUUCGCAGCAAAGAAGAGCGGAGAAAGAUCCACCAAAUGUACUCUAUGCACCCAUUUAUAUACACGGUAUCUGUUAAAAACGACGACAUUGAAGGAUCAGAGGACUCUGAUGUUUUGAUUGUCUUUGACACCCACCAUAAAAACCACAUUUACGCUGCAACCGUCACCAAAAGGGGGAAAAACACCAACGACAUUAUAGACAUAGUCUCCAGCAUGCUGAAAAUCAAGCCGCAUAAAGUGAGCUUUUCCGGGAACAAGGACAAAAAAGCCAUAACCACGCAGAGAAUCAGCAUAGAAGGGUGCUGCUACAUUGACAUCCGAAAGGCGGCCCAGAACCUGAAGUCUCGGGACCCAGAAUUCAAGCUCUCGAAAGUUCUCUACUCGCAAGAGUCCAUGGGAAUCAGCGACGUGCUGCGGAAUGGCGCGCGGCAGGUCCUGGGCUCUGCCUUGCACAAGAUAGACGUCCCAAUCGUGCUUGCGUCAGAGAUUAUUCCGGAGCUGGACCGAGUUGCGUCUGAAAUCGAAGCUGCAAAGGCCCCCGAGCAAGCAGACGAAGAGUACAUUCGCGUGGUCACGGGCUUUGAGCAGUCCGUGGUUCUGGACCAGAUUGAAAGGAUCGACUCUUCCUUGGGGCUGGGCCAGCUUUCAGGAAAUCGGUUUUAUCUGAACCUGGAGGUCACAGAAGGCCUGGAGUUUGCCUCGGAAAGGGCCACAAAAAUCGCGCAUAACGGAUUUCCAAACUACUACGGGAGCCAGCGGUUUGGGGUUGGCAUGGACAAUCCUGCAAUAGGCGAAGCCCUUACGCGGAGAGACAACGAAAGUGCUGUUUCCCGAAUACUUGGGAGUCUGAAGACGCUGGAGCACUCGCAGAAUGCGCUGAAGGCGCACGAGCUCAUCCAGGAGAAAAAGUACAAGGAGGCAGAAAUGGCUCUCCCCAGGAUGUUCAGGAACGAGAGAAAAAUUCUCAAUGGGCUCAGUCGGGGAAUGUCGCCUGCGCAGGCGUUUAAGGGCGUAGACAGGCCGAGCAGGCUUAUCUACGUGCACAGCUACCAGAGCAUGAUAUUUAACGACGACCUGCAGAGAAGACUUAUCAACGGGCUGAAAGAGAAAGAGUAUGCAACAGACCGGAACAUAAGCUCGGUCACUUCGAAGAAGGAAAUAGAAAGCGAAACGUACAUCACAGAGGCAGCACGCUGGGAGAAUCUGAUGAUUCCUUUGUGGCCGUAUCCGGAGGCGCAGGACGAGGGGAAAGAGGCAGGCUCGCACGGAGGCAUUUUGAAGGGAGGACUCAGGAAAGCCGUUAUUAAGCCUGAAAACAUGGCGCACAAGGUCUCUGGGUCUCUCCUGCAGCUGUCUUUCACGCUCCCUCCAGGCGUAUACGCUACAACGCUAGUGAAAGAGCUUUCCCAGAACGAAGUAAGCGUUGUAACCUGGUAG